AUGGGCGUCGAUACCGCAGAUGAGAAGGCUGUUGCAGCAGACGACUCGAAGCAGAAGUCUGUCCCUGAGCGGACGCCAGACCUUCAGCUGGACCAGGGCGUGGAAAGGGCGACUUACCGAGAGAAAUGGUGGCAGAUAACCCCGCUCGCGACAGCGUCUUUGUUCUCGAUUCUGACCUACACUUGGAUUACCGACAUCAUGGUCCUCGGAUACCAACGCACACUCCAAGCUACUGAUCUGUACAAGCUCGACGAGUCCAGAUCAGUCGACAGACUUUCCGCGACACUCGAUGCAGCUUGGACUCGUCGUGUCGGUGAGGCAAAGAAAUGGAAUGAACAACUUGCUGCCGGGGACAUCAGGCCCAGUCUCAUCCAGCGCACGGCAUGGUCUAUCCGCGCAGCCGUCCAUCCUACAACCUACCGGGACACUCGACAGAAUCUCGAGAGGGAGUGGCGCGAGGUUACGGGGCUAAAACGCCCCAGCCUCGCGUGGGCGAUGAACGACACUUUUGGGCGAAGUUUCUGGAUAGGUGGUGUCUUCAAGGUCUUGGGUGACACUAUGCAGCUUAUGUGUCCCCUGUUGAUUCGUGCAAUCAUCAACUUCAGCAAAGAAGUCGCAGCAGACAAAGAAGACGGGAGUGCCCCUCCUAAUAUUGGACGCGGUGUGGGUAUGGCGGUCGGCCUCUUUCUUCUCACGGGCAAGUUGAUCUUCGUAGCUUGCGCAAGUAUCGGUCAACACCAAUUCUUCUGGCGGUCGAUGCAGACGGGAGUAUUAGCACGUGGUGCCUUGAUCUGCUCAACCUACAAGAAGGGCGUCAUGCUUACUCCCAAAGCGAGAACCUCUUAUCCCAAUGCGUUACUAAUGAAUUAUGUAUCGUCAGAUAUCUCCAGAAUAGACGCAGCUGCUCAAUGGUUCCACGCGUCUUGGACUGCUCCUAUUCAAGUUAUGGUCUGCAUGAUCAUCCUCAUUCUGGGCCCAUCUGCGUUAGCCGGCUUCUCUCUGUUCGCCUUGAUCGUACCGAUACAAGAGCGCAUCAUGGCCAAGCAGUUCGCCGUUCGGAAGGAGUCAAUGACAUACACUGACAAGAGAGCUAAACUACUCCUUGAGGUCUUAGGGGCUAUGCGGAUAGUGAAGUACUUCACUUACGAAGUUCCCUUCCUACAACGUAUCUUUUGCAUCCGCAAAUCCGAGCUAGAGGGUGUCCGGAAAAUUCAAUUCGCCCGUUCCGCCAACGUUGCGAUGGCGAACUCGAUCCCAGUUCUCGCAGCGACCUUGUCUUUCGUCACCUAUACGCUGACGAACAAGACCUUCGAUGCCGCCAUAAUCUUUUCUUCGUUCAGCCUGUUUCAGCUCCUUCGCCAACCGAUGAUGUUCCUACCGCGUGCUCUCUCGGCCAUCACAGAUGCACACAACGCUGUGAUUCGACUGGCUGAAGUGUUCGGAGCAGAAACGAUGUCUGACUCGGAAGCUGCAGUCGAAACCUCGGAGAACUUGAAGUUCGCCGUACAGUUAGACAACGUCACUUUCGAAUGGGAAGAAGGCAGAGGUGAUUCUGACGAGCCAGAGCCAGAGAAUGACAUGGAGAAGGAGAAGGAGUCAGUAGAGGUCUCCGAAGCCGACGCUAUACCUUCUCAGCCCAAAGCGCGGAGACCAUUUCAGAUUCAAAAUGUGUCGAUGACUGUUGAGAAGGGUACGUUGGUUGCGGUGGUUGGUCCCGUAGGAUGCGGCAAGUCGAGUCUAUUGCAAGGCAUGAUCGGAGAGAUGCGAAAGGUCUCGGGCAGCGUACUCUUUAGUGGGCGCGUUGGUUAUUGUCCUCAAACGGCAUGGAUCCAAAACGCCACACUGAGGGACAACAUCUUAUUCGGCCAACCCUUCGACGAAGAUAGAUACUGGAAAGCCGUGGAAGAUGCAUCUCUUCUCCAAGAUCUGGAUGUACUCCCUGGUGGUGACAUGACAGAAAUUGGCGAAAAAGGAAUCAAUUUGAGUGGCGGCCAAAAGCAGCGUGUGAGCAUAGCUCGAGCACUUUACUUCGAUGCAGACAUUGUUUUGGCCGAUGAUGCUCUGAGCGCUGUGGAUGCACACGUUGGUCGAGCGCUAUUCACCAACGCUUUUCUUGGGGCUCUUCGCGGACGCGGGAAGACAGUCAUACUGGUCACCCAUGCCCUGUAUUUCCUUCCCGAAGUGGACUACAUCUAUGCAUUGCGUGACGGGCAUGUCGCUGAGCAUGGAACGUACGAUGAUCUUCUGGCCAGGAACGGGGAGUUUGCUCGUCUUGACAGAGAAUUUGGAGGUCAAGGGCGUGCCCAGAAGACGGAGGAGGAUGAAGAGGAGGCCAUUGAGGCUGCACCUUCAAAUGCGCCAAAAUCGCUUGAUGUUGCUCAUGUCCGUAGCAAAGUAGAGAAGAACCGCAGUCACGUCAAGAACAAGUUGGAGGGUCGUCUGAUGGUCGCCGAAAAGCGAGAGACCGGGUCUGUUCCUUGGAAGGCAAUGUUCCCAGGUCUGCUUCUCACGACGACCCUUGUAUUCUGGGUUUGGUGGCAAGCGAAUACCUUCAAUCAGCCCUUCUCCUUCUACCAGAUCCUCUACGCUUGUUUGGGCAUUUCGCAAUCCAUUUUCACGUUUUUGGCUGGUAUUGCGAUGGACAGUUUUGCCUUCUUCGUAUCCCAGAACCUCCACCAUGAUGCCCUGACACGCAUCUUCUUCGCGCCUAUGUCAUUCUUUGACACAAACCCUAUGGGAAGGAUUCUGGGUAUAUUCGGCAAGGACUUUGACUCCAUCGAUGAUCAACUUCCCGUUUCCAUGAGGCUCUUUGUGAUCACACUGGCGAACGUCAUCGGGGCUUUGGUGAUCAUCACUAUCCUGGAGCACUACUUCAUCCUCGCUGCUGCUAUUAUACUCCUGGGCUACGCAUACAUCUUUAGAUUUUAUAAGGCCAGUGCGCGCGAGCUUAAACGUCUUGACGGCAUGCUUCGCUCUGUGCUAUACUCGCAUUUCUCCGAGUCCCUAUCGGGUUUGGCUACCAUUCGAAGCUACGGUGAAAUGCCCAGGUUUCUUCGCGACAAUAAAUACUACGUUGAUCUGGAGAACCGUGCUCUCUUCCUCACCGUUACCAAUCAAAGAUGGCUAUCCGUCAGACUCGACUUUUUGGGAGCUCUCAUGGUAUUCUUGGUGGCAAUAUUCGCUGUUGUCGGCGUGUCAAACAUCAGUCCUUCUCAAGUCAGUCUUGUUCUCACGUACACAACGAACUUGACUCAACUUUGCGGUAUGUUCACCAGACAGACUGCAGAGGUUGAGAAUUACAUGACCUCUGUGGAGAGGGUCGUCCACUACAGUCGAUUGGGUGGUGUACCGCAAGAAGCGCCAUAUGAGAAGAAGGACGUCAAACCUCCACAAGAGUGGCCUUUGCGAGGUGCUGUUGAGUUCAAGGAUGUUGUCAUGAGCUAUCGGCCAGGCCUUCCGAGCGUGCUGAAGGGUAUAUCGAUCAACGUGCGGGGCGGGGAAAAGGUUGGCGUUGUCGGAAGGACCGGUGCCGGCAAGUCAAGUCUGAUGUUAGCUUUGUUCCGAAUUGUGGAGCUCAAUUCCGGUUCCAUAUCCAUUGACGGGGUCGAUAUUUCUACUCUGGGUCUCAAGGACCUCAGAGAGAAACUGAGUAUCAUACCACAAGAUCCAACGAUCCUCAGCGGGACUGUGCGCUCCAAUCUGGAUCCCUUCUCUAUGUUUGAUGAUGCACAUCUGUGGGAUGCUCUCCGGCGUUCCUAUCUCGUUGGUUCCAGCACGAGAAGUUCGCUCGACAUGCAGACCAUGGACGAAACGGAAGAUCGAUCCGAAAAGUUUACACUGGAUACAAUCAUCGAGAGUGACGGCGCAAACCUUUCUGUCGGAGAACGCUCGUUAUUGAGCCUUGCCCGUGCUCUCGUAAAAGAUAGCAAGGUGGUCAUAUUAGAUGAGGCCACGGCCUCUGUCGAUCUGGAGACCGACUCGAAGAUUCAAAGAACAAUACACACACAAUUUCAUGAUCGCACUCUACUCUGCAUCGCUCAUCGACUGAGGACUAUUGUAUCCUACGACCGUAUCUUGGUACUCAACGAUGGUACAGUGGCGGAAUACGACACUCCUGUCAAUCUGUUCAGGAAGGAGGGAGGCAUUUUCAGGGGUAUGUGCGAAAGGAGCCAUAUCACUCUCGGAGAAAUAGAGAAAAGGCGAGAAAUAGACUUCCACGAAGAUUGA